UAUGGCGUCGGAGCUGAGGGGAAGCCUGGUUGGGGAGAGUUCAAGAAGCCGGCGGCGGGAGCGCUCGAGCGCGGCUACUGCUAAUAGUAAGGCUGGGGUCUCGGACGUUGACGGGGCCCUUAAAAGAAAAGCUGCUUUGCAAGAGGCUUUGAGGAAGAAACGUGAAUGUGAGGCAAAAGCUCUUCGUGUUGUUGAACAACUGCUGGAAAUAAACGUUACAGAAGAAUUUCUGUUGGAUUGUAUACAUUUUAUUACUGCAGUCCAUUAUAAGGAUAUUGUGGAAGAGCGGUCCAUAAUUAAACAGUGUGGCUAUCCUAUUUGUCAAAAUAAACUUGAGAAUGUACCUAAACAGCAAUACAGAAUAUCUACCCACACCAAUCGAGUUUAUGACAUUACUGAAAGAAAAUGUUUUUGCAGCAAUUUUUGUUACAAAGCAUCCAAAUAUUUAGAAGCUCAGAUUCCAAAGAACCCAUUAUGGUCACGGGAUCAAGAAAGGUCUUCUGUAUGCCGCUUGUUAAAGGAACAAAGGGGCAGCGCUGGUGAAGAAGUGCAGCUUCAAAGUUCAAGCAUCCAUGCAUCAGAUAUUGAUGAUUCUCCCUUUUUGGCAGAUCAGGAUGUGUCUACCUCCUCAAGUGAAAGCAAUAGCAGUGAAGACUCUGACCAAGAGUUUGUUUCCAACAUAAUUAUGGGAGAAAAGUGUAGUUUAAAGGCAUCAGCACAGAAACAGCUCAAAAAGCAGCAACCAGACAUGAUUAUAAAAUCUAAGAAAAUGAUACCAGUGUCAAAACAUUCCAAAAUGGAUCAUAAAGUAGACCAUGUUUUACAAGAAUUGAAGAAAUGCCAUGUUAAGGAUGGUGAGACAUCAAGUUCUAGGUCAUCCCAAAGUGGAAAAAAUGAACAGUUGAUCUUUACACCAGAAGAAAAGUGCUCCCUGACAUCAGAGAAAAACUUGUCUCUGACAACAUUGAAAGCAAAUAAAAACUUUACAACGCAGGGCCUAAGUAAGAAGGGUGCUGCAUCAUUGAAGAUGCUGGUAGCAAAAUCAAAACAGUUGAGCCAUUCUACUUCAGGUGUUGGCAUAUCAGGCAAAAGUAAUGUGCUAGAAUUACUAAGACAAACACUAAUUGAAUGGAGGACAGAAGAAACAUCAAGAUUCCUUUAUGGUUCCAAUUCAAAAUGCGCAAAACAGCCACCAAAAUGGCCAAGUCCAACAUCUUGUGUAACUGCACAAGAAGAACUUGAUGAAGAUGACUUGGACAGUCUGGAAGUGGUUGAAAUUACCAACACUAAUGAAAAUGCUGGAGACAAUGACCUGACCAAAGGUGAACAAGUUGGAAGAUCAGAAAUCACUGCAAGACCAUUACCAAAUUUUGAACAAUUAAGACAGGAAUCUGAAUUUCUUCAUCUUAAGGUCAGAGAGUUUUAUAAGGGGCAGUAUGUGUUGCCUGAGGACAGUGAACACUGUUGUGAUGAAAAUCAUCAAUCUGUAAAUUAUGUGCCGGGUAGUAAAGAGGAUGGUCCAGUUCUUCCUUUGUUGGAUUUUGCUGCACAGCACCAGAUCCGCAAACAGAUUGUGCUGGAUCGACUUCACAAAGUUUUACCGGAGUUACUGGGAUCACUGCAACUUGGCAUAACUGAUGUUUCUGGUGAAUUAAGUUCUCUUGUGAAAACAUUCAGGCUAACUAACACCAAUAUCAUUCACAAAAUUCCAGAAUGGACUUUAAUUGCAGUCGUGAUACUUUCAGUGCUAGAUGUGAAGAUUUCAGCACUACAGGAAGCUCUGCAGAAGCUCACCUCCGAACUUUUUAUAUCUACACUUAUGAAAGAAGUUCAUAUCCAGAGUGAAGACCUGAAGAACCUGAGAAACAUUUUCAAAUGUCAUGAUGACAGUUGAAAAUGAUCAGAUUGUCAAGAAGAUUGGACAUGUUUGAUGUUUUGUUUCAAUGGAUUCCCACGUUCCAUCUAACCAACAGAAUUAACAAGAAUUGUUUUUGAAAAAGUAAGCAUCAUGUAUUUCCAUGAUACAAAACAUAC